UCUGAGACAACCAUUUCAGGCAUAAAGGCCAGAGAAGGUAGCCCUGGGGCUCUUUGUCCUCUGUCCACAGUGCUGUGAGGAGUGCUGGAUUACCUGAGAGGGGCCAUCAUAGAGAACUACACAGUUUGAAGUAAGCAGUCGGAACUCAGGACAGCCAUGGAUGAUGUAUAUAAAGCAGCGGUUGAGAAUUUAACAGAGGAACAAAAAAAUGAGUUCCGCGCUGCCUUUGACAUCUUCGUGCAGGACGCCGAGGAUGGCUGUAUUAGCACUAAGGAGCUGGGGAAGGUGAUGCGGAUGCUGGGGCAGAACCCCACACAAGAAGAGCUGCAGGAGAUGGUGGACGAAGUAGAUGAAGACGGUAGCGGGACAGUGGACUUUGAUGAGUUCUUGGUCAUGAUGGUGCGCUGCAUGAAAGAGGAGAGCAAAGGAAAAUCGGAGGAAGAACUGGCUGAGGUCUUCCGCAUGUUUGACAAAAACGGAGACGGUUACAUUGACCUAGAAGAGUUGAAGAACAUGCUAGAAUCGACAGGGGAAGCCAUUACUGAAGAUGACAUUGAAGAACUCAUGAAGGAUGGAGACAGAAACAAUGAUGGCAAAAUUGACUAUGAUGAGUUUUUGGAAUUUAUGAAAGGCGUGGAAUAAAAAAUGCUGCCUAGCUGAAGACCCCCCCAUGCCAAUUCAACAGCCCCAUGCACCACCUCAUCAUUCCCGGUCCAAAAGCUGAGACAUCACAAUAUGGUCACCAUCACUGCAAUCUGGCAUGCAUACAAGAAGCUCGAAUAUAUGUUGACAAGAAAAUUGUGUAAAUAAUUUGCAUUAUCAGUCACAUGUUGGUUUUGAAUGCUGUAUGUCCACCAACAUCGAUUUUAUCUUUUAAGUUGCCUUCAUCAAAACAACUUUGUGAGAAAAGUCUGUAGUGUGUUCUUUGUAGUGCUGUCACUUCCUUUUUAAAGCACAAGUGUUGUCUGGAAUAAAAUGAACUAGACCUAAACA